AUAUGUCUCUACCUUCCCCUUACUGUGUUACUGUGUGGGCAUACUGUCUCUACCUUCCCCUUACUGUGUUACUGUGUGGGCAUACUGUCUCUACCUUCCCCUUACUGUGUUACUGUGUGGGCAUAUGUCUCUACCUUCCCCUUACUGUGUGGGCAUACUGUCUCUACCUUCCCCUUACUGUGUUACUGUGUGGGCAUACUGUCUCUACCUUUCCCUUACUGUGUGGGCAUGCAGUCUCUACCUUUCCUUACUGUGUGGGCAUACUGUCUCUACCUUCCCCUUACUGUGUUACUGUGUGGGCAUAUGUCUCUACCUUCCCCUUACUGUGUUACUGUGUGGGCAUAUGUCUCUACCUUCCCCUUACUGUGUGGGCAUACUGUCUCUACCUUCCCCUUACUGUGUUACUGUGUGGGCAUAUGUCUCUACCUUCCCCUUACUGUGUGGGCAUACUGUCUCUACCUUUCCCUUACUGUGUGGGCAUACUGUCUCUACCUUCCCCUUACUGUAUUACUGUGUGGGCAUAUGUCUCUACCUUCCCCUUACUGUGUGGGCAUACUGUCUCUACCUUCCCCUUACUGUGUUACUGUGUGGGCAUAUGUCUCUACCUUCCCCUUACUGUGUUACUGUGUGGGCAUAUGUCUCUACCUUCCCCUUACUGUGUGGGCAUACUGUCUCUACCUUUCCCUUACUGUGUGGGCAUACUGUCUCUACCUUCCCCUUACUGUGUGGGCAUGCAGUCUCUACCUUCCCCUUACUGUGUGGGCAUAUGUCUCUACCUUCCCCUUACUGUGUGGGCAUACUGUCUCUACCUUUCCCUUACUGUGUUACUGUGUGGGCAUACUGUCUCUACCUUCCCCUUACUGUGUGGGCAUACUGUCUCUACCUUUCCCUUACUGUGUUACUGUGUGGGCAUAUGUCUCUACCUUCCCCUUACUGUGUGGGCAUACUGUCUCUACCUUUCCCUUACUGUGUGGGCAUGCAGUCUCUACCUUCCCCUUACUGUGUGGGCCACUCUACUGUAGAUAGUACUGUGGCUAUUCUCUGUGUGCGCCUGCCUGGCCGACCAGACCGUUACUCAACAGACCAACCUCACUGUGCUGUGUGAUGGGCUGGGGGUUGCUCUGUUAGACUUUACCUAUUUCUUUAUUGGACUUCCUCUUCAGUGAGGUAGAGCGAUAGAGAGAGAGACACAGGUAGAGAGGUAGAGAGAGAGACACAGGUAGAGAGGUAGAGAGAGAGUGAGGUAGAGCGAUAGAGACACAGGUAGAGAGGUAGAGAGAGAGUGAGGUAGAGCGAUAGAGAGAGACACAGGUAGAGAGGUAGAGAGAGAGUGAGGUAGAGAGAUAGAGAGAGACACAGGUAGAGAGGUAGAGAGAGAGUGAGGUAGAGCGAUAGAGAGAGACACAGGUAGAGAGGUAGAGAGAGUGAGGUAGAGCGAUAGAGAGAGAAACAGGUAGAGAGGUAGAGAGAGAGUGAGGUAGAGAGAGCGGACCAUGUGUUACAUGUGAGUACAGUGAGCAAGCUACUAGUACAAAUCCUAACACGGCCAUUAAAUAAAAGGGGUCUCUAGCAAAUGUGUAUUCCAGGCAUGACAGAGACAGAGACAGGGUGGUCUACAGGGAGUCUACAGGUGUGGGCCUCCUUCCCUCCCCUCCCUCUCUGAAGAUGCAUCCUGGAGCCGACAGACUGAAUGGACAUACAAGAUGUGGCAACGAGCGGCCAUGGCAGACAUUUUGUCUGAGGCUGAUGCAAAGACCCUUUCCUAAUGGUGGAUCAAUUACACAAACUCUGAAACACAAACAUGUAUUACUGUUUGACACACCAAAAAGGGACCAUGAUGUACCCGGAGAAUCUAAAGUGAUUAAGCUCAUUUAAUAUGGAAAGCACUGUGAGAUAUAGAGGUGAAUUGUCUGUAGUGUUGCCCAGCUGUCUAACUAACAGACUAACCUGGGGGGCCUCCCUUAUGACCAGGCAGUGUGUGUGUGUGUGUGUGUGCGCGCACGUGUGUGUGUGUCUGUGUGUGUGUGUGUGCUUGCUUGCUUGCACGAGCAUGUGUAUGUGCACAAAUCUUUGUGUGUAAGUGUGUGUUCUUACCUGUGUAUGUACAGUAUACACUAUAUAUAUAUACAAAGUAUGUGGACAACACUUCAAAUAUGUGGAUUUGGCUAUUUCAGGCACACCCGUUGCUGACAGGUGUGUAUAAUGGAGCACACAGCCAUGCAAUCUCCAUAGAGAAACAUUGGCAGUAGAAUGGCCUUACUGAAGAGCUCAGUGACUUUCAACAUUGGAUGCCACCUUUCCAACAUGCCAGUUUGUAACAUUUUUGCCCAACUACAGCUGCCCUGGUCAACUGUAAGUCCUGUUAUUGUGAAGUGGAAAAGUCUAGGAGCAACAACGGCUCAGCCGCAAAGUGGUAGGCCACACAAGCUCACAGAACAGGACCGUCAAGUGCUGAAGCACGUAGCGCAUAAAAAAGUGUCUGUCCUCGGUUGCAACACUCACUACCAAGUUCCAAACUGCUUCUGGAACAAGAACUGUUCAUUAGGAACUUAUGAAGUGGGUUUCCAUGGCCGAGCAGCCGCACACAAGCCUAAGAUCACCAUGCGCAAUGCCAAGAGUUGGUUGGAGUGGUGUAAAGCUUGCCGCCAUUGUACUCUGGAACAGUGGAAUGCGUUCUCUGGAAUGAUGAAUCACGCUUCUCAUCUGUCAGUCUGAUGGACGAAUGUGGUUUGGCGCAUUCCAGGAGAACGCUACCUGUCCCAAUGCAUAGUGCCAACUGUGAAGUUUGGUAGAGGAGGAAUAAUGGUCUGGGGCUGAUUUUCAUGGUUUGAGCCCCUUAGUUCCAGUGAAGGGAAAUCAUAACGCUACAGCAUACAAUGACAUUCUAGAUGAUUCUGUGCUUCCAACUUUGUGGCAACAGUUUGGCGAAGGUCCUUUCCUGGUUCAGUAUGACAAUGCCCUCCAUGCACAAAGCGAGGUCCAUACAUAAAUGGUUUGUCGAGAUCGUGUGGAAGAACUUGACUGGCCUGCACAGAGCCCUGACCUCAACCCCAAUGAACACCUUUGGGAUUAAUUAAAAUUCCGACUGCUAGCCAGGCCUAAUCACCCAACUUCAGUACCCGACCUCACUAAUGCUCUUGUGUCUGAAUGGAAGGAAGUCCCUGCAUGGGGGACCAUCUCCAUAUUAAUGCCCAUGAUUUUGAAUGAAAUAUUCGACGAGCAGGUAGUCACAUACUUUUGGUCAUGUAGUGUAUGUGUGAGUAUGUGUGUGUGGGUGUCCCCUCCUGUGUUAGUGUGUGUCGGGCCUGUGUAUGUUUGCUGUCAGCAGAAGCCUCCUGUUUUAUUUUUAGGUUUCCUCUCCGCGGCAGGCUGACGCCAGACUUCCCUGACCCCUCACCGCCUGUCUCUCUCCUCCUCACCUCCCCUGCCUGUACCCAUCCCUCAGCCUCCCCUAACCCAUUCCUUCCUCCCCUCUCCUCUAUUCCUCCCUCCAUCCUGAUAGCGUUGCUGUCUACCGUGCACCAAAGAGAUGGAGCUACCCCAAACUCCCAAUACAGAGGGAUAUCAUAGGGCAUGGACAGUAAGCCAGAUAAGGCUUAGGAAAGGGAGCCAGAUAAGAAAUGUUACCUCCGUUAUAGAUCCUUACCACUGCGGCCACAACACAUUAUGCAUUUUGCAUGGUCAGGGCUUUCCUCUUCUUGACAGAUUCCUCUGGCCAGUUUGAUCAACCUCAGGCAAGUCCUCCCCCCGACCCCACUGGGGGGUGGAGGGGGGCUAGCUAACACCUUCCAGCAUCACAUCUUAGCACCCCUUCCCUCCCAGUUACAUUCCUACUAACUGUAUGGACUAAGUAACGGUGUCAGUGUGCUUCAGGUUGGCAGUUCAGCAGGUCAAACUGAACAAGUGCGCUCACAUACUCUAUUAGAAGACCAUCACUUGAUAAAUGAGAAAGAAGCAGCAAUAGUACUGUUUGUCCAUUCUGAGACGCUGUAGCCAGAAUACACAAACAAUCCUUACUGUUGUCCAAUCACCAAUGAAGAGGCCUAGACUUCGGGUACCGAUUUCUGCUUGUCUCGAGAAAAAGUUUAGUGUGCCCGAACAACCGAUAAUACCCUUGCCGAAGACCAAAACGAACAAAAACAUCAAAAAAUGUUGUCAUAAUAUAUUCAGUCACUAUUCCAAACUGUUUCAGCUGGGAAGCAUGCAGACGCUUAAUAGGUUCCAGUCCUCCUUCUCUGAGAGUUGAUCAUCUCUGAGAGGAGGCAAUUAGCUGUUUGAUAGCUUCUAAUGGGGAAGGAGGGAGGGAUGGAGGUGAAUGGAGGAAAGUCGAGUGUGGGAGAGAGCUGUGGAAGUGGAGAAUGGAGGAAAGAAAAGGAAGGGAAGGAGGAGGUUGUGGACAGGGUGACUGUCCGUUAGAAGGACUGAUGUUGGAGUGAGUGAAGCUGUGGGAGUGAGGUCAUACCAUUCCAACAUUGGGAGAUGAAGAACAGGCGAGGAGGGACUGAGGGACUGAGGGACUUAGUCUGGGGGGGUCUGGUUGUCUUCUGUACUGAUAUCCAAACCGGAUGUGAAAAGUAACACGCUGUGUCAAGUGUGUGUGUGUGUGUGUGAUUGUAUGUGCGUGCACGUGUGUGCUUGUAUUCACCUAUGAACACACACACUCAUCCUAUUUGUUGAAGUUACUUUGCUAUAUUUUUAUAUGUACAUACAGACUGUUAUUGUAUACAUGUAUGUAUUGUAUUCCUCUUUGUAUUAUGAUUGAUGUUGCUAUGAUUAUUUUCUAUUAUAGUGAACAUUUACCUUGAGUCACAGACCUGGUCAAUACUUCUAACAAUUCUUCUAGAGGUUUUGCACUGUGGAGGAGAAGUUCAUUUACUAUGUGCCACACCUUUUAUGAUGUACCUCAACUUCACUAUUUGCUCCGUGAUUCAUUUCACAAAUACACACACACAAACACAAAUACACACGCAAACAAAUACACACCCAUACACUUCAUGGCCAAUGUGUAAGGCCCAGGUGUAUGUCCUCUCCUCUACAGUCCUUCCCCUGAAGAGCUCUAUCUCCCAGGUGGUCAGGUGUGGAGGGGAAGGGCUCCGUGUGUAGGUAGGUACUGUACUAUACAUGCAUUUCUGCAGGAUAACAACCAACCAACCCUCUCGGGUGCUGUAUGCAGGCUACAAGUUAACCACUAAACUUCCCCAUGUUGUAUUAGUAAGUAUUGCUUUGGUACAAUUGGCAUCUUGUAUGUUGUAAAAUCAUUUAAGGAGAAUAUAUGGACAUAUAUAUACAUAUAUAUAUAUAUAGAAAUCUAUCUAAAUGAAUAUAUUAUAUAUAUUAAAUAUACAUUUCACACUUAUUUUUUUCCGUUGCUGAUAUUACCGAUGCGUCACAGAUAUUUAUUUAAUGGUUGCGAUGAGAGAAAAGUAUUUAUUUGACUGCGGAAGUUGCGAGGAUGAUAUUUUAGGCUUUUUGGUUUGGUUUCUCUUGGAGUGGUGUGGUGGCUGCAGCCCUCAUGGCUAAAGAUAACCAAUAAAAGGUGUUUCCAAACGG